CAGAAGUUUCGUGUACCGUAUAUGUUUCUAAUUAAUUGGGUAACUACCAACCCUCCCAACCAACCAGGCGUCAAUAAACAAGUAAGAAGUAACUACCCCACGCCGUUCUUAUACAUACACAAGCCGAGGAAAAGCAAAAGCAAAAACUUGCAGUGACAGCAGAAACUCUGCCCAACCCAUCAUCGAAUCGAUUGCCAAUAUCGAUCAUCGAUCGAUGAAAUGAUGAAUGGCCGGCCGCCUUGAUUUCUACCCGUAGAAAACCGCAAAUCGCCGCCGCCCUUCAUUUGCUUUCCCGCCAUACCUCGCCCGCCAUCUGUUUCCCGGAGUUAAUUGCCUUAUUUCCCGCCGGCAAAAGAACCCAGAAAAGGGGAGAAAAAGAUCUCCGAUGGCUUCGUCUCACUUCCCACUUGUUGUUUUCCUAACCCUUUUAAUCUUCUCCCCACCACCUGCUGCUUAUUCCUCUUUACCCUUUAUCGUACUCCAUGGUAUUGCAGAUGAGUGCAAGAGUAAAGGAGUGAAGAGCUUCACCGACCAACUGAUCGCCUUCUCUGGUUCUUCAGGACAUUGUCUCGAAGUUGGGAAUGGAGUAUGGGAUUCAUGGUUUUUGCCUCUUGAGGAGCAGACGAAUAUCGUCUGCGAAAAGGUGAGGUGGGAUCUGGGUCCUGGGAGGGUAUACUAUAGUCAGUUUUACAGUUUUCCUCAGAAUGGCAACUUGAUUGGUCGAGGGGUGCUAGAGUUCUGUGAUGGUGCUCCUCCUGUCAAGAACUUUAUCUCACUAGCUGGGCCUCAUGCUGGCACAGCUUCUGUGCCUCUCUGUGGUAGUGGGUUCCUUUGCAUUAUAGCAGACAAGCUAAUCAAAUCAGAGGUCUAUAGCGAUUUCGUACAGGAGCACCUGGCUCCAAGUGGCUACCUCAAACUGCCUAAUGCUAUCUCGAGCUACUUGGAGAACUGCCAAUUCCUUCCCAAGCUGAACAAUGAAAUUCCGGACAGGAGGAAUUCCACGUUCAAGGAGAGGUUCAGUAGCCUCGAGAAAUUGGUGCUCGUCAUGUUUGAUGAUGACAAGGUUGUGAUCCCGAGAGAAACCUCUUGGUUUGGGUACUACCCAGAUGGAGAAUUCGAGCCAGUUUUGCCCCCACAAGAAACUAAACUGUACAUUGAGGACUGGAUCGGGCUGAGAAAACUGGACGAGGCAGGUAGAGUUCACUUUGUGAAUGUCUCAGGGGGACAUCUGGGGAUCUCAGAGAGCGACAUGAAGACGUUCAUCGUUCCUUACUUGGUAGAUAAUAAACAACGACCAUCAGUAUCAACUUCAAGAAGGAUGCUAGAUGGAUCGCCAUCUAAUGGUUGGCACUCACCUGUCUAAAGCUUCCUCAGGGGACUGAUAGGAACCAAUACUUGCAUUUGUGAUCUUUGUUAUUGCCAUCACGUUUAGUGUAGCACUUAAACUCGUUACAGCAAACUCAAACUUACUGUUAUUUUCUACCCAAUUCAUUCCCAUUGUGGAUUGUAGAUAAUAAAUUUCGAGAAAAAUAUCGAUUAUUAUGUACAUAGUAAUUUAUUUCCGUUAUAUGGAUUACAGGUAUUGAACUUAAGAAAAAAC